UUUCUUUAAACAAGAUACUAACCUAGAGCAUAAAAUGCCUAUAACAAUUAACUGUAUUCCAAGACGUCACACUGUAAUAAAUAUUUAGCAGCUUUUUUCCCCAUUUAAAAUUACAUGCCCACAAAUACAGACCAAAAUGGCGAGCAUAUACUGAGUGUAUAAAGUUUUUUUCCUUUUAUAAUGUCUCAGUGACUGAUGAUGAUACUGAUAGCCAAGUGGUUUUAAAGCAGAUCAUAGAAUUUCAUUCUCGGCAUCAAUAAGAUUCACAAACAAAGGUUAUUGUCAUAGAUAAAAUCUAUCUUGUCUUUGAUGCCAGUAUCUGAUACAGUGCAAAGUUUGGUGUAUCUUCGAGCACCAUCAGCAGUGCACUUUAUUCAUCACAGUCAUUAGAUUAAUUAGAUUAAAAAAAAAAACAUUUUUAAGUUGGCACUGGUGUUAUGAAAUGGCUCGGCUACAUUUUCCAAAUUAACAAAAUAGAAAAUUUGUGUCACUUGAAACUGUGCAAAUGUGUGGUGUGUCCUAAUUAAUGGUCAUUCUAGCCUUAGCUUAGAGUUACACCGAAGCUGCCUCCCAAACCUCCAACCUUUGUGAAGGAAUGUCAGCUUCACAAGUCACCGUUUCCCUUUACACAGUGGAUUAAAAAUAAGGAGGCUUUAUUUCUGGAUCAUUGAAUUCACAGGUAUCUCCUGACAUUGCUUUUUUAAUGACCUACAAAUGGAAAACCUAUUUAAUGAGGAUUUGACCCGACGACCUGUAUCAAGGAACAUGUCUUUUCAAUAUUGCAUUUAAAACUGCAAAUGAAUGAUGGCUGGGAAAGUGGAAAAGGUGUCCAAAUACGAAACUUUGAAGCUUUUGGAAAAGUGCCGGAAGGAAAGAGACGAUGCUUUGCACCGCGAGAAUAUGAUGAGGGAGAAAAUGAGACAAUACGAGUCUCGAAUGAGAUCAACCGAAGCGCUGAAACAGAAAUUAAAGCAAUUGAUUUUGGACAACAAGGAGCUGCGGAAACAAGUGAAGGUCCUGCGGGUUGAAAUUGGUUUAGAGGCCAGUCCCAAAUUUCACGGAAAAACCACCAAGGAUAUAAUAAACGACCUGCACGAGAAGGAGCGCGAGUGCAGUUCUCUUGUUGAAAAAGCGGGUAAAUUAAGUUUGACGAUUGAUGAACUGACAUCCGAGCUGGCCAACACCGUGACCUCGAAGACUUUGCUGGAGGACCAGGUGCAGUCCCUGCAGCAGAACCUGAAGGACAUGACCAACAACCAGCGGCGUCUCCUGAAGCUCUGGGAGGACAAGAAGGCUCAGCGGGAGCAGCUGUCACUGCCCGCCAUACCGCAGAGACCCGGACAAAAACCGCUGGUGCAUAAAGGCGUCCAGACGGAGAUGUCCAUCAGUUCAACCCAGAUAUUACCCACCAACGCAUUCGAGACCAAGACCCGCCGGGAGACUGAUAAAGGCAGAACCAGUCUGGACAGACGCAACCUCACUUUAGCGAACGGCACCCACCGAGAGAAAAACGCGUUAAUUCAGAACGAAGCGAAAGGAAUACACAACUGACGAUUAUUUCACGAAACAUUUUUGUGUCUGUCUGCGCGUCAUUAUGCUGCUCAAUGCCUCAACUUACAGCAUUAUUUACUUUAAAAUAAAUAUAUAGUUUUUAGUAUGUUUAAAAUUAUUAAGCAACAGCCUGUUUGAAACAACCGAAACAUUGAGGACUAUAUGUUACUGUAUCAUAAUUAUUUCUUAUGUAUUGACUAUUACAGUUUUUUAGACUGCUGUUUGAUGUAAUGGCCACAAAACCUUGUGUAUAAUAUAAUACUGUAUAACAUUAAAUAUAAAUGUAAUUUAUUCAUUUUUAUUCUGAUUUUCCCUUUUUAAUUAGGAUAAUGUUGUAAUUAAGUGAUACAAUUAUUUCAUUUUUAUUUUUUUAUGUUGAUUAAUAUGCUUCACAAUAGUAUUAUCUUUUGAAAAGAACAGCUAUAAAUUUGCGCAGAAUUCACAUUUCUGGAUGGGCUAUCUCUUUAAUGGGAUAGUUCACCCAAAAUGUAACGUUACUCAUCAAAAUAAAUCAUUUCCAAACCAUUAUGACUUUUCUGAUAACGGUGACUUACUCUACAGAGCACAGAAAAAAAUCGAAGAAUGUUGAGAACCAAACCUUUGACUUCCAUCGUAUUAACAAAAAAACACACAUUUCUCAAAAUAUCUUCUUUUUAUGUCCCAUAGAAUAAAGAAAG